AAAUGUGACACUGAGCUCACCUAAUACAAAAUUAUACUGCACCUUUAAAAUCCUUUUUGCUUAUCAAUGACACACAUAAUUAAGUCUUGACUGGACAUGAGACAUCGGUGGAAAAAACAUUCCCACCCAAAGAUUUGCAAGUGAAACAUGUAUUUCAUUUAUUGAUAGGUAUAUCAACUUAUUUUACUUGAUUUGACUUGGAAAACGCUUGGCAAGAAGAACCAUUACGAUGAACAACUCCACUCUCAAUAGUUUUGGAGAUCAAGCGUCUUGUCGGUUCGGUGUUCCUGUCUUCUUUACAACAGUCAUGGCCAUAAUCAGCGUAGCAGCGUUCACUGGAAACAUUCUCGUGAUAGUCGCGGUGUGCAAAACCCCACGUCUGAGAACAAGCACCAACUACUACUAUGUCAACAUGGCCGUUUCCGAUUUUUUUUCCUGUCUCAUCACCUGGCCUUUGUACCUCACAGAUGAGAUCGUAACAAGCAGUGGAAGUCUGUUGCAAGGUUCGCUAGCGACUAUUGGUUGUAAAGUGGGAAUAUACUUCAAAAUGCUAUCGGCUAUAGUCUCCAUUCUAAGCCUGGUUUUGAUUGCUGUCGACAGAUUCGUCGCUAUUGUCUUCCCUUUAAAAGUGCGGCUGAUCAGUACAAAAUUAAGGGCAGCUUUGCUGUUUGCAACAUGGUUGAUAUCAAUGGGUUACUGCAUCCCCAUGUUCUACUAUUUCAGAGUGGAAAAAGUUCGUCAGGAAACAUUCUGCAGAUUUUCUUGGAAUAGCUAUGCUCGAAUGGUGUACUACAUUACCGGCUUAGCUUUGUUUGAAGUCAUACCUUUAAUCAUUAUCAUCAUUCUUUACUCCUGUAUCAUGGGAGUUUUGAGCAAAAGACCGAAACCAAAUUGCCCGACAAGAUGUAACUCCGAACAAAACAGAAACAAUCAAAACAAAACAAUCAUGAGGAUUUUUAAGUCUAUUGUUGUAGCAUACUUUAUUUCUUAUUCCUUCUAUUGCAUUUAUUUGUUUCUCAAAAUCACUUCCCCUGAUCUUUUUAUCAAGGACAGAUGUAAGUUAAUUUUUGGUUUUGCCUUUUUUGUGUUGCCAUCGUUUAGCACAGCAAUCAAUCCGGUAAUUUUGUUUACAUUUAGCACCAAUUUUCGCCAAACUCUUCCUCAGCUGUGGCCAUUCAAUCGGAAAGUACAGCCGUCAUGUUGUAAAGCCGAAGACGCGUCGGAGAGGCAGGGCAUUGCGGAGUCCCCAGCAGAGCUAGUGGAACUAAAACGCACGAAAUGUAAAGUGUAAUUAAGACGAAAUGAAUAGCAUCCCGUUAAAAUCAGCUCUUGAACAAGUUGUGAACCGCUUACGUUUUCGAUUGAUGGUUUGCACUAUGCCAUCGAAUUGAAUUAUCAAGUCAAUAAUCUAUAAUGUAAUACUAUGAUCAACACAUGAAGAUUUAUUUCGUGCCAGUUGAGUGGAAAUGUUUCAGCCAGUUUUCGUGAUAGAUUUUCUUUUAUGGAGACGCAAUGUUGUUGUGCCUGGAGGGACAUUAAUAUGUUAGCCGUAAACUAACAAAAUGGCAACAUCUCUGUUUGAGUUUUCCUAUUAAAGCGAAAAGUUAUUACUCUAGAGCUCCAAUACGUCAAAAUAAACACUUCGUCUAAUUCAAAAACUGUUAGCAAAAACUUAAAGGAUAGAUCAUCAUUUUGGCCUAACCGACACUGAGCUUUUUCGGGCCGCGCAGUGCAAAUGCUCGUAAAUUCAAACACAUUGUAUCAACACGUUGUUGUAGGUAAUCAUAUGACUGCGAGUGCAAUGUUGAAUAAAUAAGAACGAGUAAAUUUUUCAAAGGCUAACAAAAUUGCUCGAGUCUGUAGGCCGAGUGCAAUUUGUAGUCUUUGAAAUAUACUUAUCUAUUCCAAAUUACACGAGAAUAAUCAUAUGAUUACUUGUGAAUAACACAGUUGAGAACAUGCUAUUUGAGGUCGUCUACACAUUGUAUCCUUAGGCAGGCUGCAGUGUGCUUGGUAUUUCAAUAUCUUCGAAUAUUUUCGAAAUAUUUGCAAAACUUCCAAAAAUGUUAAAACGUCUUCAGCGAGCUUCGGGUAAUCUUCAGCAAUCUUCGGAAAUCAUCAGAAGGAUUCGGGUGAUUUUCGGAAGUGUUCCAAAAUGUUCGGGUGAUAUAAGAGUUUAGGUGAUCUUCGGAGGUGUUUGGAAAACGUUCAAUUCCUUUCGGCUCUCUUCGGAAGGCUUCGGGUGAGCUUCGACCAACUACGAAAUACCUUGGAUUACCGUUAGUAGUCGUGAUCGUCUUUGCAAUAAUUUCGGAUAUCUUCGUUGUAAUUUGCACUGGUGUUACAUGAAAACUAGACUCACUUUUAGCCAAUCACAUCAAAGUGUAUUACUACGAAAUAACAAAAAUUAUCUUUGUAAAACGUCAUAUAUUAGAUGAAAUUAAACAUUCAUUCAGAAACACAGCUGAGCUAGUGGGGGAGGGGUGUGUAGUAACCCACAAUCUAAAGUUAUCUUAAUUAAACUACAGUUGUUCAGAAUAAAAGUAAACAUGUUUAGUCGUUGUGAUCAUACUGAUGUGGUGUAACGCGAAGUAAUGCAAUCAGCAAACAUUCAAAACUGACGUAAAGUUCUGAAAGAUUAACUAAGCUAAUUUAUUUUGAAGUCAUUUCUCAAAACAUUCUUACUACCCCAGGGGUUUAAAAGUUUUGAAGCUUUCUAUUAUUUUUAUUUUCAUUUUUUGAGAACAUUGCGAAUCUCCUAUGGUGUCAUUAUAACUGGCAGGGACUUGCUCUAUAAUAUUAAUUGUAAUUUUUUUCUGCCUAACACUUUGUAAAACGCACUGAGUCGGCUAAAUAGGCCAUUUUUGUAUUCUCGGUAAGGGACGGAACUCGCUUGCAACUG